AUGAGUCAUGUCUGGUGCACUUAUAAUCAAUAUCAAUGCUUUAAUGGCAAAUGCAUUUCAAAGUAUUGGAAAUGUGAUUGGGACUUUGAUUGCUCGGGUCUUUCAGACGAAUAUCCAUAUAUAUGUAGUCAAACAACGCAAUCACCAUUAACAACACCAACAAGUACAACACAAAGAACAACAACAGAUUUUGGGUGUAUUUUGUUUCAAUUUCAAUGCUUUAAUGGUGACUGCAUUUCACGAUCUUGGAAAUGUGAUGGUAUCUUAGAUUGCUCGGAUCAUUCAGACGAAGAUCCAAGUUUAUGUAUAAGUAACACAACGCAAUUACCAAUGACAACAUCAACAACAGUUUUCGAAUACCAAUUUUUAGCAUGCUGCAAUGAAUGACUUGAAAAUUACUCUUCUAUCAAAUGGUUCAAUAAUUCUUACUUCAUUUGGCGUUAUAUUUAUUGUAUUUGUAAUGAUUUGUUUUGCGGUAUGUUUUCGACGUAAAAAAAG